AUACCCAUUCACAGUGGCUUACAUCGUGAUUGGUCUUCCGAAUGAGGUGGGUGACAUCCUCGUAAGGUCACUGGUUAGUAUCGGACUCGAAUCUGCGGAUUUUUGUUCUGCGGUUUACAUCUCACCUUCGGUCGGUUGGUUGUCGCGAUUGGAGGAAGGUCACACAGUGUUGUAGCUGUCGAACUGCGGAUUGGAACGAGUUGAAGACUGAAGUGUCAAAAAAAAGUAUAAGGAAAUGGCCUCUCUGUUGAUGUUUCGACACAUGACAUGUAUUCUACAGCAACAUUUAUUUGUGCCACGUUGCAGGUAUAUAGGCCAAGCUGCAGCAAGAAUAAAUGUUGACUUUGAAUAUGAAAGCCCAUUAAUGAAGACUGAAGUCCCGGGACCCAAGUCAAGAGAGUUAAUUAAGCAGCUGAAUACCAUUCAGAACGCUGAUGCUGUGAACUUUUUUUGCAACUAUGAAAAAAGCAGAGGAAACUAUCUUGUUGAUGUUGAUGGGAAUCGAAUGCUGGACCUAUAUUCCCAAAUAUCAUCCAUUCCCAUUGGUUAUAACCAUCCAGCCCUUAUAAAAAUUCUACAACAACCAAACAAUCUGAGCUCCUUCAUCAACAGACCAGCACUUGGAAUUUUGCCCCCUGAAAACUUCACUGCAACAUUGGAGGAAUCCUUGUUAAAUAUUGGACCAAAGGGCUUAAAACAAGUUAUGACAAUGUCCUGUGGCUCAUGCUCGAAUGAAAAUGCAUUUAAGUUGAUAUUUAUGUGGUAUAGAAAAAAAGAGCGAGGCCACAGCAGUGUCACAAAAGAAGAAUUGGAUUCUUGCAUGAUUAACAAGUUCCCAGGCUGUCCAGACUACAGUAUUUUAUCCUUCAUGGGUGGAUUUCAUGGUCGAACGAUGGGAUGCCUGGCCACCACUCACUCUAAAGCAAUCCACAAGUUGGACAUACCUACUUUUGACUGGCCAAUUGCCCCAUUUCCAAAGCUGAAAUACCCACUGGACCAAUUUGAGAAGGAGAACCAGGUUGAAGAAACUCACUGUUUAGAACAGGUGGAAGAUCUCAUUGUGAAAUACAGAAAAAAGAAGACGACUGUUGUUGGAAUAAUUGUUGAACCCAUUCAGUCUGAAGGAGGAGAUAAUCAUGCUUCUGAUGACUUUUUCAGGAAACUGAGAGACAUUGCCAGAAAACAUGGCUGUGCAUUUUUGGUGGAUGAGGUACAGACAGGAGGAGGAGCUACUGGAAAAUUUUGGGCACAUGAACAUUGGGGAAUGGAUGACCCAGCUGAUGUUGUUACAUUCAGCAAGAAAAUGAUGACUGGAGGUUUCUUCCACAAGGAUGAGCUUAGACCUGAUGCUCCAUACAGAAUAUUUAACACCUGGCUUGGGGAGCCAUCUAAAAACAUUCUUUUGGCUGAAGUGUUGAAUGUCAUCAAGCAAGAAGGUCUUCUGCACAAUGCAGUAUGUGCUGGAAAGGUCCUUUUGGAUGGGCUGCAGGAUCUCCAGACACGUUAUCCACACCUUCUAAGCAGAGUGAGAGGAAGGGGAACAUUCUGCUCAUUUGACACUCCAGAUGAUGCCACUCGAUCUAAAUUGAUUCUACAAACAAGAAAUAAAGGUGUUGUGAUAGGAGGCUCCGGCGAUAAAUCAAUCCGCUUUAGACCAACUCUGAUUUUCAAAGAAUACCAUGCACAUCUGUUUUUAAAUAUCUUUAAUGAUGUUCUUGCAGAAUUCAAAUAAAGAAUCUCUGAGCUGCCUUACUGAAAAAAAUGACAAAUUACAGUGGGAUAACUUUUUUCUGUACGAAAGCAAAUCAUUACCCUUUAAAAUCAGUUUAUGUGCCACAUGUAUUUUCAUUGCAGAAAGUAGCUUCGUUUAUGGUAUAGAACAUGGAUAUUAAGGGAUAUUAUAAAAUAAGAACAUAAUAAGCAUUAAACAAAGUACAUGGCUUAACACAGAUAAACAUUUAUGGUCUUUGAAAUCAACAAAACUGCCUUUGAACUUGUUUUUGCUAAAUGAAUUAUAUGAAAAACAUGCUUUAUGUUUAAUGUGAUUGCUGUAUGUGAAUCGUUCAUGAUAUAUAAUAUAUUAAACAAUCAUUAUGAAGAGUAGAAAUUUGUGUGCUGUAAGCAAUUUAUUAGUAGAUCAGCUUUUUAAUGUAAUUGGCUUUUGUAAUUUUUUUUGUAGAUGGAUGGUCAUUGUGUGGGAAAGUAUGUUCACUUACUGUGCAUUAGCAAAUUACCGAAAAGUUUUAGUAUUGUGAAAGUUCUUUGUUCUACAUUUUGUGUUUCAAAGUGUAAUAACACUUAAAUAUCAGUGAGAAAUUGAAUAGGAAUGCUUAGAACCUCACUUAGUCCCACUUUACCAACAACAAAAAUAACAAUUAAUUUGGAAAAUUUGCGUAGAGUAUUAUGUUAAUUUCAACAAAACAGUGUUUUGUCAUGGUAAAUAUUAACAGUUCAAAAUACUUGACCAAAUAGAAAUGUUGUAUCCUAGUGUAAACAAAGUGCUUUCUACCCUUCUCUUUGACCCUCCCCCCUUUCUCAUUAUCUCUCAUCCUCUUUCUCUUUAACUCUUCUUUCUAGCUUUCCUCUUUCGGUUUAUUUCUCCCCUUUUUAUAUAAUCACACAAGAGUUAAUUACAUAUAAUUACAAAUAAUUGGCAUACAAUAUAAGUAUUGUUACCAUUUGCAUGUGCAUGCACACAGAAAAGUAAAAAAGCUGUAAAAACUGCCCAUCAGUAUUCCCAUUUACUCCUGUCCAAAAUAGCAAGGCCUCUACCUGCUACUAUGAACACAAAAACAUUCAUAUAUAUGUCAAAUUAUUUAUGACUAAGUACACAUGCAAAGAUCAAAGCAAACAUAGAACACUAUAUCAGCUUUAGUGCAUCUAGAGGAAAGGUUAGCUACAGAGUGUGAAAUUAUUUGUUUUUUUACAUAAAAUAUAUUCUGUGACAAUGAUUUGGGGAUAUCUAUUAGAAAGCUUCAAGUCACAUAGAAUACAUUGUUUGUCAAUCCUCCUUGGUAUGUCACAAUAUAAAACAAAGCUCUUUGAAAAAGUCAUUCUUUAUGCUGAUAAAGUGUUUACACUUGGAUUAUCUAAUAAACCAAUGCAGGUAAUAUAGUUCCAGCAUUAUAUGCAAGAAGUAAAUACUAUAUACACUAAAGAUUUUUUUACUGAAACCAACCGCUUAUACUAUAUGUAAAAACUGUCUUUUACAUUAUGCAUGUACUACAUGUUACAAGUACUUGGAUACAAUGUCUUAGUGUUUCAGGAAAAGUGUAUAAUAUGAGCUAUCUUUUACACUCUGAAUACUAAACAUUGCCAAACACAAAGUUGUAAAACAGAAGGAAUUGUUGGUUUAAGUAUUUCUUAUUAUUCAAUGAAAUAAAGUUUAAUAAAAGGUUCAGUUUUCAAUGGAAAAUGUAUUGGGUUAUUUUCAUUUUGUUUAAUGUAAAUUCUUAUUAAUCUCAAAUGUACUGCACAAUAAAAUUUGACUUAACAAUAAACAA